GGGUUCUGGUUUGCCAGGAAAGGUGACAUUUUAACCUGAAGAGGGUAAAGUCCCAGACUCUGGGGUUUGUAUCUCCCUGCCUCUACCUGAGCAGCUAACAUUCCCCUUCAGCAGGAUAAAUGGCCACAGCUGGGAAGGUCAUCAAGUGCAAGGCAGCAGUGGCGUGGGAGUACGGCAAGCCAUUGGUGAUUGAAGAGGUUGAGGUGGAACCUCCUCAGGAGAAAGAGAUCCGGAUUAAGAUUGUGGGAACCGGAUUGUGUCAAUCAGAUCUGUUCUUCCUGUUGAAAUGCGCCAAACCAGCAGUCUUCCCAGUCAUUUUUGGCCAUGAGGCGGCUGGUAUAGUGGAGAGCAUUGGACCCGGCGUCACUGAAUUUCAGCCAGGAGACAAGGUGAUCCCAUUGUUCAUGCCUCAGUGUCGGGAAUGCCGCUUUUGUAAAAGUCCAAGAACAAACCUGUGUGUCAAAGGGUCAGCUGGUACACUUGAAGGGAAAAACCGUGAAAACUCAAGGAUCACCUGUAAGGGGACGAAGGUGCUGCAGUUCCUUGGAAUCAGCACCUUCUCCGAGUACACCGUGGUGAAAGAGUUUAGUUUGACUAAGAUCGAUCCUGCUGCUCCCCUGGAGAAGGUCUGUCUCAUUGGCUGUGCCAUCUGCACAGGGUAUGGGGCAGCUGUGAAUACGGCCAAGGUUGAACCGGGCUCCACCUGUGCUGUGUUUGGUUUGGGAGCCGUGGGUCUGGCUACAGUCAUGGGCUGCAAAGCCUCUGGAGCCAAACAGAUCAUCACCGUCGACAUCAACCCUGAGAAGUUUGAGAAAGCCAAAGUGUUCGGUGCCACUGAUGUUGUGAACCCCAAAGAUCACAGUAAACCCACCCAGCAGGUGCUGACUGAGAUGACCAAUGGAGGGGUGGACUACUCAUUUGAAUGCAUUGGAAAUGUGGAAGUUAUGGUCACUGCGCUGGAGUCUUGCACUCCAGGAUGGGGCUGCAGUGUGAUUGUUGGCUGGACAGACACAAAUUUUAGUGCUCAGCCCAUUCAGCUGAUGCGUGGGCGUACAUGGACCGGCACCCUGUUUGGAGGGUUCAAAGGUAAGGACGGCGUGGCUGAGAUGGUUAAGGCCUACCUGGACAAGAAGGUGAUGGUGGACGAGUUCAUCACUCACAACAUGACUUUGGACCAAAUCAAUGAAGCAAUCGAGCUGAUGAAGCACAGCCAGUGCAUCCGGGCAGUUCUGAGUUUUUCUCCAUAGUGAGAUCAUCAGGAUUCUGAUUGACAGCAAACUCCUACAAUCAUCUCACCUCCUCGGCUGAAUAUUUUGAUUGG